GUCCGACUAAUGACGACGUUGCGGCACCCCAACGUGGUGCUCUUCAUGGCCGCGUCGACCAAAGCGCCGCGUAUGUGCAUCGUGAUGGAGUACAUGUCGCUCGGUUCCCUCUAUGAGCUUCUACACAACGAGCUGAUUGGUAAGAUCCCAUUCGAGCUGAAGGCCAAGAUGGCCUACCAAGGUGCCAAGGGCAUGCACUUCCUCCACUCCUCCGGAAUUGUGCAUCGGGACCUGAAGUCGCUCAAUCUGCUGUUGGACUCCAAGUGGAACGUCAAGGUGUCCGACUUUGGCCUGACCAAGUUCAAGGAGGACAUGGAGAAGCACCGGCCCAAUCGGAGCGAGUGCGGACUCGCCGGCAGCAUCCAUUGGACGGCGCCCGAGCUCAUCAACCAAUCGCCGUGCGUCGACCUGGCCCUGGCCGACGUCUAUUCGUUCGGCGUCAUCCUGUGGGAGCUGCUCACCAGACAGCAGCCCUACGCCGGCAUGAGGGACGGGCUCCGGCCGCGCAUGCCGGACAACGUCGAGGAGCUGUGCACGCUCGAGUACGCCGAGCUCAUCGCGGCCUGCUGGCACCAGGACCCGGCCGUGCGCCCGCCGUUCAUCGAGAUCAUGAGCAGCCUCAGCGCCAUGUUCGAGUGCGGCGACAGCAGCGGCAGCCGAUCGUCCGGCCAACCCUCCGAUAUGUCGUCGUGCGCCGUCCAAGCUUCGUCCGGCAUCUUCGACGACGAUGAUGACGAUGCCGACGACGUCGACAAUGACGACAACGAUGUGUACGAUGUAGACGAGCAAGAUGACGCCGAAGCAGGUGUCGUCAACGUCGACAGUCGCCCUCCGCAGGAGGCAGCCGUCACAAAGGCCAGGUCGCGGGUGGCGGCCGAACAGCUGCGGGUCUUGAGCGAGGGCGACUGGCCGGAGGAGGGCAAAGGGGCGACGACGACAAAGAAAUCAAAGAGGAAAAUGAAAGGGAAAGGAGAGACAAAGAAGAAGAAGAAGAACGAAAGCCAGGGAAGGGCCGCCCAGCACCUGGUGUCGCCGCCCGAGGGUCCCGACGUGACGAUC